AUGUAUGCAGAUGUCUUCCCAUCCGCAAGAGAGGAAGGAAGCCUUGGCUCAGGGCCCAGUUUUAGAUCCAGUCAAAGGAAGAGGUUAAACCUGCUGCUGGAGAGAGAGGCUUCCUUUACCACCUGUCCAGAUCUUCCUACAACUCCUGUAGACAAACUCCUUGCUGAUUCUGGAAACCUAAGCAUUUUGUCUGGAGGAACCCCGAAAUGUUGCCUUGAUCUUUCGAAUCUUAGCGGUGGGGAGAUGUCUGCCACUCAGCUUUCCACUUCCACAGACCUUGAUGAAACUGGUCAUUUGGAUUCUUCAGGACCUCAGGAAACAGAGUUAGAUGGGGUGAAUAAUCAGCAUCUUAUAAAAGGCAGCCCAGCACAACUGCUAUGCAGCACUCCGAAUUCUUUGGACCAUGGACACAGAAAGAAAGAUGCAAUGUGUAGUUCAGCUACAAAUAAAGAAAAUGACAAUCGAAACUCAUUGGAAAGUGAAUUGAAAGAUCUGGGCAGCCCCAUUACUACAGUUUCAAAAUUGGCUAAAGACCCAGAAUUAGGAGAAGACCAGGCAGAAGAUAUUUCAGAUGACUUGAUGGAGUUUUCCCUGGAAGAUCAAGAAGAUGCCAAGUCAUCUCUGAAUAGAAGCUACCUGUAUCGCUCCCCUUCGAUGCCAGAGAAUUUAAACAGGGCAAGACUAAACCAGUUGGUAGAAUUCAAAGACAACCGAAUACCAGAUAAGGUAAAAAAAAUAAAAAAAGGUAUCGCCUUGGGUCUAAAGAAGACAAUCUCUCUCUGUGAUGUAAGUGUUAAUCAAAUACUGGAGGAAGAUUCUGACCAGGGGCAUCUGAUUGGUGAUUUCUCCAAGGUAUGUGCACUGCCAACUGUGUCGGGGAGACACCAAGAUUUGAAGUACGUCAACCCAGAAACGGUGGCUGCCUUACUUUGGGGGAAGUUCCAGAGUCUGAUUGAGAAGUUUUAUAUCAUUGAUUGCCGCUAUCCAUAUGAAUACCUAGGAGGACACAUCCAGGGAGCCUUAAACUUACAUAGCCAGGAAGAACUGCGAAACUUCUUUCUGAAGAAGCCCAUUGUCCCUUUGGACACACAGAAAAGACUAAUCAUUGUGUUCCACUGUGAAUUCUCCUCAGAAAGGGGCCCUCGAAUGUGCCGUUCUCUGAGAGAAGAGGACAGGACUUUGAACCAGUAUCCUGCAUUGUACUACCCAGAACUGUACAUCCUCAGAGGGGGCUACAGAGACUUCUUUCCAGAAUAUAUGGAGCUGUGUGAACCACAAAGCUACUGCCCUAUGCAUCACCAAGACCAUAAGGCUGAGCUGCUGAGGUGUCGAAGCCAGAGCAAAGCAUGGGAAGGGGAGAGGCAGCUACGGGAACAGAUUGCUCUCCUGGUGAAAGACAAAAGACCAUGA